AUGCAUGAUGAGUGCACUCCAGAAAACUUGGAAUUGAAGAUAAAGGUGUUUGAGAAUCUGGACAAGUUUAUCACUUCAAAGGAAACAAUACUAGCUAGUUCAACAUCUUGCAUUGUGCCAUCAAAGUUCACAUCAACUUUGAAGCAUCGCAGUCAGUGUAUUGUGGCCCAUCCAAUAAACCCUCCAUAUUAUGUACCUCUGGUAGAGGUUGUGCCUGCUCCCUGGACAGACAGUAAAGUUGUAGACCAGACAGUAGCUUUAAUGAAAGGCAUUGGACAAUCACCUGUUGUCAUUAAGAAAGAAGUGAACGGAUUCAUUUUAAACCGUUUGCAGUAUGCUGUUAUUAUGGAGGCAUGGAGACUAGUAGAGGAUGGUAUUUGCUCUCCUGAAGAUGUUGACACUGCUAUGACAGAUGGUCUUGGAUUACGGUAUUCACUUAUAGGUCCAUUUGAAACCAUGCAGCUAAAUGCCAAUGGAAUCAGAGAUUACUGUGAGAGGUACGGAGCCAACAUUGAAACUGUCUGUAAGGAACAGGGAGGUCCUCGGACACUCGGCGGUGAAACACUGGACAAACUUGAGAAGGCGUUAGCUGAAACCAUGCCUCUAGGUCAGCUGAAUGAAAGAAGGAAUUUGAGAGAUAGGCGACUAGCAGCACUUGCACAGCACAAAACGCAACAAGAGAAUGAAAACAGCGCCGAUUAACGGGUAAAUUUUCAGGGUGAGAAUCAACAAGAUUCUUCGUGCAUACGUUUUAAAAACACAUUUACAUCAACAUUUUUACUAAGGUUUUUUCAUCAUUAUUAUUAUUAUAUUUCACCUUAAUGGGACUCAUUGCUUUUAGGUUGUAAUCGUCUCUCUCUUUGUAUGCCUUUUUGUUAUUGUUAUUUUAUCAUUUAAUAGUUUUAGUCGUAUCUGUAACAUUUGAGAUUACUCAGGCUCGGGCAAUUACUCCCGAAACUGUACUCCACUCUAUUACUAAUAAUACAUUAUUUACGGAGUAAAUUUUAAUACCUAAAAUACGUUUUCAACAAUUAUCCGAGUUAAGGUGG